AUGAAGACAGCAACGACGAAUUCAGAGAAGAAGAAGAAGAAGAAGAAGAAGAAAAAUGAUGUCGAGCAGGAGGAGGAGGAGUUUGAACGCAUCAAUCCUCUGAGAAGAAGAGGACGAGAGAGAGCGCGAUCUCGACCUUAUGACGACGAUAUUGAUGAUGCACAGAGAGGCAGACAAACGAGCACUUCAUCUUCGUCUUCCUCCUCUGACGACGAUGAUGAUACGAGUGAUGAUGACGAUGAUGACACCGAUAAAAAUAAAGCGGCUGAUGAUAUACUCUUAGAAAAUUCCAGACGCAUGCGGUUCAACGACAUUCGACGAAAGCGAGAGUUAUUCACGCAAGUCGAGCGAGAGCGAGAUACGCUGAUACGAAUCCAACGAGAGAAGGAAAUGAGAGUGUAUUUGGACCAAGAAAUGGUUGAAAUGAAGAAGAAAUUAACGAUAGAGAGCGCUUUGAACGAAGAAGAAGACGAGGAGAGAAUAAGAAACGCGGAGAUGGCGGCUGAAACGUUGUGUAAAUAUUUAGACGACGCGGAAUGUUUUACCAGACAGGAUAUCGACUGGGACGAUCACGAACGAAAAUGGACAGAGUUUGAUACUGCGAGUACUUACAGAGGAGGAGGAAAGGCAGGAGAAGAACAAAAGACGAUUACAAUAAGCAACGUUCCGUGGCCACCAUCGGAAGAUAUUUUGCAGCACAUGGCUGCGUUUGAGAUGCGCCAAAAACAGGAAGAAGGAGAAGAAGAGUUGGAGCCGGGUAAGGGCGCCCAAAGAAAAGUAGCCGCGGCUGAGAAGAUUUAUAAGAAAGCGUUCAGACGCGCUAAUUUACGAUGGCACCCGGAUAAAUUCACCGCAAAAUACGGUAAAUAUCUGGACGAAAGCGAUCGAGUCGCCAUCUUAGCGAGAGUGGAAGAAAUUUCCAUGACUGUUAAUAGUUCGUACGAACAGUUGAUGUUUUAA